AUGGGACCUACCCCGUUGGCACUGGAGCGUUCCUUCCAUCUGCCCUAUGUGGACUUUCAUCCAGAGGCAUUCUUCUCAGUCCAGCUGGAAAAGACUAAAUCAAAGAACAAGAAGAACAGCGUAAACGAAAGCGAGAAGUUAAAGAGAGACCUCAUAUCACAGUUCUGCAACGACUUCAGUCGACGGGCCCAGCAGACGUCUUUGCGAGCCCAGAUCAUUGCAGUGUAUACCUCCUUAUUGACAGUCCUGAAGAAGAUUCCGAACAUUGCUGACGAAUUCUUCAUUAUUGGGACAAUGUACGAGAAGAAGGGCAUAGACGACGACGCCGAUGUGGCCGCUAAUGAUCCACGUAAACUGCGAAAACGCCCGCGCAGAGUGCUAUCGCUGGACGGAACAAAGUUCUACAACCUCUGGUUCAUUCCGCAUUUCCUUGAAGUGCUCUUCAUCUUCCGACAUUUGGAUGAUGAAUCCUGCAUCAAGGCCCUGCGCAAUAUGUGUCGCAUUGCCAGUGCCCUGCAUGACAUUGUUCACUACCUCGUCUCCUUCGCUCGUCUCGGUAUCGAUUCGGCCAAAAUUUCAACUGAACAACGAGCCCAGAUCUAUGCCAAAGCCAGAAAGGCAAGUCCUCCUUCUUAA